AUGGAGGCUGUACAAAGGGAACAUGAGAAGGCGUGGGAGGGUUGUCGUAAGGCCAAAACGAUUGAUGCGACGCAAAGCAUAAUCGACCAGCUCAGGAAAGCCAGAGAGUCAAUAGCAUCUGAUCCCGCCUCGGCACAGAUCACGCUCGUAAAGCUACAGGCCCCAGUCAAAGCGGCCUUCGAUGAUAUGACUGCAAGUCUGAAGACGACAAGAGGUGGACAGAACAACUACCAGAAAGCCCUUGACAAGCUGUUUCGAGAUAAGCCUCUACCUAGUAACGAGAUCGAUGCCCUAUCUCAGCAAUCUAACCUGAUCAAUCGAGCUGUGUAUCUGCACUUAUUGAGGGAAGGCCUUUUUGAUGUCGCGUCCACCAUGCAAGACGAAGCCUCGCGGAGAGCUACCGUACAACGUGAUCUCCAACAAUCGAAUGGUUUGGAUAUCUCUAUUGAAGAUCCUAUCGGGAUGGAUCAAGGCUUGCCUGAUGGUAUGCUUGACAAAUUCCAGAGCAUGCAUCGCAUUCUAGAUGAGUUGAGGCUGAACCACAACCUACAACCUGCAAUGGAAUGGGCGCAGACCAACAGUGCAGACCUGCAGGAUCGAGGUAGCAACCUUGGCUUCGAGCUCUGCAGGCUUCAAUACGCCAGAAUCCUAUUUGAGGAUUCCCAAAAUGGAUUUCUCUCGAUGUCCAGUAUGGUGAAAGCUAUGGAAUACGCACAGUCAGCCUUUCAACCAUUCCAGACGAAUUACUUGCACGAGAUACAGGAGCUGAUGGGUGCUAUCGCCUUCUUUUCAAAUCUCAAUCAAUCACCCUACCAUGCUCGCCUAAACACUACAGUCGCGUGGGAUGAAGUCGCCUCAUCGUUUACUCGAGAGUUCUGUGCACUGCUCGAGCUGUCGGCAGAUUCUCCACUUUACAUCACCUCGACGGCUGGAGCUAUUGCACUGCCUCCAUUGCUGAAGUUGCAAGCCAUACAGAAACAGAAAAAUGCUUCCUGGACAUCAGCAAACGAAUUGCCAGUUGAGACGCCCUUGCCUUCAAACUACCAAUUCCACUCCAUCUUUGUUUGUCCUGUAUCAAAAGAGCAAUCAACUGAUCAGAACCCGCCUAUGAUGAUGCCAUGUGGUCAUGUUAUCUGUCAAGAUUCACUUACCCGGCUGGCUAAGGGCUCUAAGUUCAAGUGCCCCUACUGUCCGAGUGAAAGUUCUCCUACGCAAGCCACUAGAAUAAUCUUGUGA